AAGUCGCGCAAACUACAGGUAGCACCCGGUAGAGCCACUCUUCGCACCGGUACCGUACACUAACCGUACCGCUUCGGCCGAAAGCAAGCAGUACCGAGCGACGGCGACGCCGGCGGCAACGCGUCUUCGCAUUGCGCUACAUCGCGAAAAAUGGAGGUUAUGUCCUUCCGAUUCGGGGUGCUACUUGUGUGACAGUUGAGGGUGCGAACGAUGGCUGCCGUGCAACAGAGGGCGGGGAGUAAUAGGAGGAAACAUCGGAGUAAUUGCGCUCUCAGGAUAAGUGCAAAUACUCAAAUGGACAACGAUGUUACCCCUGUAUACCUAGCAGCCCAAGAAGGACACCUGGAGGUCCUGAAAUUCCUAGUCCUAGAGGCAGGAGGGUCUCUCUAUGUUAGAGCCAAAGAUGGAAUGGCUCCUAUUCAUGCUGCCAGCCAAAUGGGAUGUCUCAACUGCGUGAAAUGGAUGAUUCAAGACCAGGGUGUCGAUCCCAACCUGCGAGAUGGUGACGGAGCUACUCCCCUCCACUUUGCUGCAUCCCGAGGACAUUUGGAGACAGUUCGUUGGCUGCUGAAGCAUGGCGCUCGGCUGUCAUUGGAUAAGUUUGGCAAGAGUCCAAUUAAUGAUGCAGCUGAGAAUCAGCAAGUGGAAUGCCUGAACGUUCUGGUACAACACGGUACAACACCAGAUUAUGACGACACUACAGAACGGAAUAGUACUGGGAAACCUUGUUCUUGUACAAGAAAGAAUGAAAAAUUCAAAAAGGGUAACGUUACCAGCGAUUGUGCCACUUGCAAACCAAAGACGACAAGCAACGGCACCAGCAACAACAUCAACAGCACCAUUACCAGCACGGCAACUGCAAAUGGCAACAACCACACCCCUACGAGCACAGAACCGUUUUUCCUCCAUCCACCGCUCAGCGACAGGUCUCUAGAACCAGCGCAUGCCACUGAAAAUGGAUUGUACAUAAACCCAAUGACCAAACAUAGGAACAGUGCAUCAAGCAGUUCAGAGAGCAGCUGUAGUGGAAGCGUGAAUGGAGAGUCGUUUUACCUUCAUAAUCCCCAAGAAGUUAUUUACAAUAGAGUUAAAGACCUUUUCGAAGCACCAGCUCAAAGACAGUCUCUCUCAGCUCUGACAGUGAAAGUCGAAGUUCACUCUAGCAGCAGUGGAGCAGGAUCAGAUGAAAACCUUUCAUCCUCUGAUCUAUCAGAACGAUCCGGCGACCAUGAGCAUGAUUAUGAAGACAUCUAUCUGGUGCGAGAAGAUGCGAACAAGAAAGGGCUCGAAGAUAAAGAACGAAAAAAUAGUCGCUCUCAGUCCCGAGACUCUGGCUCACACAGCAGAUCAGGUUCAGUAAGUUCCUCAAACUCCGGCUGUAAUGUAGUAGUGAAAGUAACGAAUGGCAAAGAAGAGAAAAGCCCUCCAUUCAAGACAAAUGAGUUCCUGCCUAAACCACAAAAGAUCGAGAAGAUAGAAAAGAAGGUUGUGAAGAAAGAAGAGGAGGAUAAAAGUAACAAUCAGAACAAUGACCACAACAUUUCUGCGACCUCAUCAUCACCCUCCCAGCAACCACCAUCUCCGCCAACUUCAUCCCCUCCAGAACGUCACCCUCAACCCCAAUCCCAAUCAACUCCCGACUCCUCCCCAAAAUCCAAAUUAACCUCCCGGCACUCUCUUCCUCCUCCCAAAACCCAACCAACCAAUCAACUUCGUCCAUUGCAACGUCUGGAGUCUGCACCACCACCUCCGCCGCCUCUGCCUUUGGUGAUGCCUGCUCCGGAGGAUGACGAACCUAGGGGAGCGGAGAUCGUCGAGGUUGUUGAGGAACCUACCAUUAGGCCGUCGGACGUUGUUAAGGGGAUGUGUAGCAGCAUGUCGGCCCUAUCCGCGAGACGUCUGAACUCCUCAUGCUCGGACCUGACCAUCGUCAGUCUAGACCCGGAAACCAUCAGUGGUGGAGGCACCAUUUCGUCCAGUGGCGGCGUCAGUGGGGUGCACUUGGUGAACAAGCAACGGGUGCUGCCCUUCGUGCCCCCGUCAUUCCCCGGCAGCAACAGCAACAACCUUAUCAAGCCUUCGGAAUACUUGAAGAGUAUCAGCGAUAAAAGGAGUUCAGUGUCGUCCAGCAGGAGUUUGAGUGAGAGCGAAGACGGAGGACCUAUUUUGCAGAACGGUUGGCACAAUCGCCCCGCAAUUCCUACACUGGAAGAUAAGAAGGAGGGCAGCGUAGGUCCCCCUCCACCUCCGCUGCCCGAUUUCCAGGAAAAUGAGGGUAGCACCGAGAAAAACGCUGUGGAACCCAACACAAGGAGACAGGAUCAACCGCUAUCAGCAAUCAGUAUUCAGGACCUCAAUUCAGUCCAGCUGAAGCGUACCCUAGGAGAUAAAACAGUUGCCUCAAAAACGUUCUCUGCGCCCACUAGGAGUAUGAGCCUUCAGUGCCUUCAAAGUGAACCUUACUUAGCCCAGAAGACAGACCUGAUCGCUGAGCUCAAGAUGUCCAGGGAUAUCGUUGGCAUUAAGAAGAUGAAAAUGGAAAGAGCUAAGACGGAAGAAAGCAAGGAAAAAGAAAUCUUUACUGAAAUAUCCAGACAGUUCACAACUACAAGAUUUGUUGAUAAGGUGCCAGAGAAAGACAACACAGGAAACUUGAUUCCAGCGUGGAAGAGACAGAUGCUGGCCAAAAAAGCUGCAGAAAAAGCCAGGAAGGAACUUGAAGAACAGUUGCUACGAGAAGCCGAAGAGAAACGACUGCAGGCCAUACCACAAUGGAAAAGGCAACUGUUGAUGAGGAAGGAAGAGGCGGAAACUAGGAUGAGGAGCACCCUUUAUACUCCAAAAGUGGUAGAUGAACCAAAAGUCGCGAGAAUUAUCGACGCAACAAAGGAAAAUCAACCUACAGCUACCGAGACAGCAAAAGACGAUAACAACAAUGAAGAAACUGCGCCUGCCAAACAAGAGAGUUCGAGUGAAAGCAAUGAGCAGUCAGACGAGGAACCUGUGAACAUUAUACCUUGGAGGGCUCAGCUGAGGAAAACGAACAGCAAAUUAAAUCUUUUAGAUUAAGAGCUUUAAUUCAAUUAUGUUUAUACCAUAUCAGAUAAGGAUACCAGAAGCAGACAUGCUCUCAUGGAAUAUUAUAACGGUUUGUUCAUAUCAUGAAAUUCAUCAUGGAAAUUGUGCAAGGGAAGGGAUGAAAUGAAUUUAAAUCUUCUGAAACACUGACUCCAGAGUUACACCUCAAUCGAAAACGUAAGAGGUAUUUUUAUGAAAUUAUUUAAAUAAUACAUUCAGGACUACUCACCCAUAAUUCAAACUGCACUUUCACCAUUUAAUGUAAUCCUAUGCAAGCGUUAUAAUAAUUUAUGGGACAAAGGCAUCGCGAAACUAUUGAAAUUGAUUUUGCACUACGUAUAGAAAAUACAAGAAAUGUGUCAGUUGCCAUUAAGAUCCUUUUUUCAUAUGGCUGUAAACUCCGUGGAUGGACCUUAUUUAAGUGUACUAUACAGCAAGUUCGAUAUCACUAAGAAAUAAGUUCAAGGAAAGUUUUACACCACUUAGUAAUUACGAGUACAUGUACACUUAGUAUUAAAUAUCUCAAUCUGCUCCCGAAAGCAGCGCUGAUUAUUUGUAUGUUUACUAAAAUUUAUCAAUUUCUAGUAGUAAAGCUGUAUGAUUAUCUUUUAUUGAUUAUGACAGUGAUAUUUUAUUUUAGUGUUCAGUAUUGAUAUUCCUUUUCGUAGAUAAUAUAUAAGAUGUAUGCAAUAGUAAAGGUGCUCAAUAUUUUAUGAUAGUGCAUUUUUAUAUUCUUUUAUUGUAUAAAGUGUACAUUCUUUGUCAUGUUAAAACUAUAGUCUAUUUAAAUACAGGGUGUCCCAAAAGUGAUUGAUCGAACAAUACGGGGUGAUAUUGAGGUCAUUUCUAAUCAGUAAAACCAUAGAUGUCCAUACGCGAUUGUUCACAGUUUUUGAGUUAACGCCAUUUUGAAGAAUUUCUAGAAAACCGCUACUUUUGAGGCUGCACCUUUCUUCCCGAAAUUGUCUUGUUAUUUCUCAAUUCACUAUGGUUAUAUGGGUUUCGAUAUUCUUCAGCAGAAAAUUGAGCAUUCCCCUAGCACAAUUCAUAAAUAGAGUGCGCUUCUGAGUAUUCUUGUGACGAGUACGGCGUCUUGCAAUCGCAAUAAUAUAAUCACACAAGUGUAAUGACUGACAUUAUCCCUGCAACCCAUUUAUAGUAUUGACGUUUAUUAUCCUAUACAUAUUUCAUUACCGUACUUGCAGUACAAAAGGCAAAAUUACGCUUAAUCCGAUUGUGCUAUACUUAAAUUAACUGGAUUAUUUCCUCAACGAUCACUUGAUAGCAUAUUCUGCAAAGCUGAUUGAUACGAGUAAAUAACAAAAGAUAAUUUUAGAAAAUAGAUUACAGGCUCAGAAGUAGCGAUUUUCUACAAAUUCCUCAAAUUAGCGAUAAUUCAAAGUCAGUGCGCUGUCGGAUCAGAAUAACUGUACAUGUUUUUUUAUUGAAUAUAAGCCCCUAACACCUGCGUUGAUUUGACCGAUGACUUUUGGAACACCUAGAAUAUUAUAUACAGGGUAUUCUAGAAAUAACACACCAGAGUGACACGGGAGGUAGAUUGGCUUCAGAUCAAUCAGAUAAAAUCAACAUAACCUUAGUAAAAGUUUUCUAGUUUUCGAGAUACUGCUACUUUUGAGUUUUUCCAAAAAAUCCUUAAUGUUUGCUUCUUUUUGUCUGUAAUGGCUAUAAAAAAAUUCUAACCUAUGAUUUUUUCCUGGGCUACCAUUAAUACUUGGUUGAGACAACCAAGUAUUUUUUUCAUUGAAAACUAGCAUGGUAUGAUGAAAAAAAACUAAAUUAUUACAUUUGGUUUCAAUGAAAAAACCUUGACUACGAUUUUACUAAUUACCGUGAAAAAAUGUACCAGACUGAAUUUGCAAAUGACCUUAAAAAUUAGCUAUUGGAUGCUCUUUUAUAAAUAGUAUAAUAAUCUAUCUAUAAUAAACAACAGGCAAAAAAGGAACAAAAAGUAUGGAUUUUUUGAAAAAACUUAAGAGUGGAAAUAUGUCGAAAACUAGAAAACUUUUACUAAGGUCAUGUUGAUUUUAUCUGAUUGGUCUGAAGCCAAUCUACCUCCCGUGUCACUCUGCCGUGUUAUUUCUGAGUCACCCUGUAUAUAUAGUUUAUACGCUACUAUAAGUAAAUCACAGAAUAUUAGCACAAUUCGAAAGAUUCCGUUAUUAACGUCAGCAUUCAUAUUAUACCCGGUAUACUAAAGUGGAUUUCGAAUUAAAAUGAUGUUUGCAGUAGUGUUAGUGCUCGUGUCAUCACGUGAAUAUUUUGUUAUGCUCCUUAUCCUCGGCAAAAAAGCUUUUAGGUUUUGGUUUUAUAGAAUUUCAACUAUUUACCAUACUAAUGUAAUAUUUGUAAUAAAGCUAUUCCCA